UAGAAAAGGGAACUGCCAUCACUUUUACCACCGUCUCAGAGACGGCAAACAGACAAAAGAGAAUAAAAAGCCCACAAGACCUUCACCAAGCGUAAAACGAGGCCAUUGGAUCACUAGGUGUGCUCACAUACAAACAUGCCUGGCAAACUCUGGCUUGUUCUUUCACUGUGGCUUGUGCUGCCAACCUCUGAAGCUGGAAGGCAAAUGCCUAACCUCUCUGACAAGAAACUCUGCGCUGACUCCGACUGCAGCCAUCCCAUCUUGAUAGCACGUGCACUGCAGGACUACUACCCUGGAGACUGCAGGUUCAUCCCAAUCAGACAGGGGCAGCUCAUCUAUGUCUAUGCAAUGCUAAAGGACAGAGGGAACCUCUUCUGGGCCGGCAGUGUUCAAGGAUCCUAUUAUGGAGAGCAGGAGGCUCGCAUUGGACACUUCCCCAGCAGCAUAGUGGAGGAGAUUCAUCUUCUCAUGCAAGCCAGCACCGAAGUCAAGACUACUAAAUGGGACUUCUACUGUAACUGAUGUUGCCUUCACCAAUGAAGAAAACAACAAUGUAGUCAACUACAUUACAAGAUAACUUGAGUAUCAUAUGACCUUAUAAACAUAGAUGACAAUAAGUAGGUUUGCUUAUCCACACUGUUGAUAAUCUGCACUUCAGAAGAUAUGAACAGCUCAUAUGAUUCUGCUGUCAGAUUUCAUAACUGAGGUUUCAAAUCGCCGGCUGAAGAAAUGACCAUUGCUGCUUAACGCUUCAUAUUUAACUUGUGUUUGUGUAUUCUCUGUAAUACUCCAUCAUACUGUUUGUAUCUGUUUGUCACAUAUUAAAAUGAU